ACCAUCUCUUCUAACUUCUAUAACACAUCCUAGUAAGAGCAGUGUAUGUGCUAUGACACGUCCAUACAGAUUCCUAUCCUCAGUCGUCGAUUCAUCAUCAACGACAGUGGCGGAAUCUGCUGAGAAAGACUCCGUGGCAUCUGAUUUCACCCUUAUCCUUGCUGCAUUACUAUGUGCUCUGGUAUGUGUUGUAGGUUUAAUAGCCGUAGCCUACUGCACUUGGCUUCAACGAAGAUCGAUGGCCAAUCGGACACCUGACCAACCAUCUUUAGCUAAUAAAGGCAUUGAGAAGAAGUUCAUAGAGGCGCUCCCGAAGUUCUCAUUUGACUCAGCUAAAGAAGAGAACGAGCAAAAGGUUUCCGCGGGUGAAUGUGUGAUUUGUUUAGUGGAGUAUGCAGAUGGAGAUGAGAUACGAGUGCUCCCACAGUGUGGACACGGGUUUCACAUCAGAUGUAUUGAUAAGUGGCUUGGCUCUCACUCGUCUUGUCCAUCGUGUAGACAGAUUGUAGUGAUCAGUAAAUGCAAAAAGUACAGCGAGUUCCCGGCAGUUAAAGCCGGAAAAUUUUCAUUGGUGACGGAACAUGAAGGUAGGCAACAUAAAUAA